AUGUGGAAAAUUAGAGUUCCUUAUAAAUACAAGAUGCUCCUCUGGAAUCUUGUUAGAGAAAUUCUGCCCGUGGGUUCUAUUCUCAGAAAGAGAAUCCCUUUUUUUGAUCCCAUGUGUAUGAGGUGUGAAUAUCACUUAGAAGACACUGUUCAUGUCUUCGGAGACUGUCCCAACUCUUGUGUCUUUUGGUCUCUUAUUUUCAAACAAUUUGCUUAUUUAAAAAUUGAUCUGCAGAAGUUCUACAAUAGCAACCUCUCAGAUUGGUUAUCUUUUAACCUUGCAAAUGUUUCCACUUGGAGGAUUAUUUUUACAGUUGGUAUUUGGCAUAUUUGGUCUGCUAGAAAUAUGGCAGUUUUUGAGAAGAAAAUGCUUCUUAUCCAAUCUACAUUUAACAAGUUCCUUUUUUAUUAUCACUUCUCUUUGACUUUAACUCAGGGCACCAUAGAUAGGCCUUCCUGUUCUUCCAACAAUUCUUCAAGAAUGUGGGCUCCACCUCAGAAGGGAUACCACAAAUUGAACACUGAUGGUUCAUGGAUCAAUGUUGACAAUGCUGGAGGUAGGGGUGUUAUGAGGUGUGAGAAGGGGAUUUGGGUCUCUGGCUAUGCAAUGAAAUUUAAUGCAAUGACUGUUGCCUCAGCUGAACUCAUGGCUAUCAGGGAGGGGCUUUUGAGAGCUUGGAGCAAAAACAUCAAAUUUCUUGAACUUGAGACAUAUGUUGAUGCACUAACUAAGAUGCUCAAGGAUCCAAAGUCUUUUGAGGAUGGUGAUUUAGGCAAUUUAAUUCGAGAUGUUGCUUCCCUUUUGGAAAGGGAUUGGACUGUUCAGAUUUUCCAUACUAGUAGAUCUGUCAAUUUGGUUGCUGAUAAGCUUGCUUAUAUGGGAAGGACUAAGUUCAAGGCUGGAGAAUGUGUUCCCUUUACAUACCCUCCAGCUGACUGCUUCGACCUCUAUGCUACUGAAAUACCUGAUAUGGUUCCCUAG